AUGAUACAAAAUACAGGGCAUAGAGAAAAUAAGGACUUGCUCAUCAGCCAAUGUAUUGAAUUUAUAGUAAAUGUAGGAGUAUUACUUAUUGAUUGUGAUCGGAAUCAAUUGAAAACACAAUUCCGAAGCUUGGAAAAGCGAGAGAUCAUUUCCUUGUUUCUCUUUGAGAAUGCUUAUCCUGCUCUCUAUCUUCAAAAGAGCCUUAGAGUCGAACAUCAAAGACUAGAAGACUCUGAACAUCAACUUGGAGAAGAGGAAUUGCUAUACGACUACAAUAUUAGCAGUGAACUUGAAUUUAAGGAAAAUUCUUGGCUAGUUUGUUUCAUAAAAACAGAUGAAAAGAACUUUACAGACCAACUCUUGGAAGGGAAAAAAUUGACCACUCUACUCCAAGUGGUCGAAUUGAACAGCCAGCGAAAUCCUUUUCAAAAUCUCAACUCUUAUUUAUCUUUUGGAUUUGAACCUUAUUUAUCAGCACUAGAAAAAAGAAAUGAAAAAAGAAUAUCAGGAUCAGUGCUGGAAACAAUCAAGUCUCUGAGGCUUGAGAUUAGUCAUCAAUGUCAAUCGUUUUCAAUACCUGAGCUCAACGUGUUUGAUUUUGUUCAUUCUGAUAUAAAAGACUUGAUUAAAAAAGGUGCCACUUUGGACUCACUAAGCGAUAAAAUCACCAAGCUGAAAAACGAAACCAAGGUGGUAGAAGAAAUCAGCAAAAUGUCUCUUCAACUAGCUCAGGAAAUUAGAGUUUUAAUACAACGUGCAGAUGUGUCUCAUGAAAUUAAAUUUUGGAGUGACUUUGAAAAAGUUCUUUCCAAAGUUGAUCAAGGCAUGAAAAGCCAAGAGAUAAUCUACACACUUCAUAUUUUGAAAAAUACGAGAAGAAUGCAGGCUUUCACGGCUUUGAACACCACAGGUAUAGAGGAGAUGUUGAUGAGAGCAAAAGAAUGCAGUUCAUUAAUGCAAGAUUUACCUAUUUCCGAGUUUUUGUCAGCUAAAGAUAUCGACAAAAUAACGGCUACCAUAGCACAAAUGUUUACAUUGCUAAACAAAUCAAAAAUUUAUCAAAACAAGGAGUCUUAUCCAAUGAUGAGAGCUAUCAAAUUGGUUGAAGCGUUUUCCAGAGAUGUAAACGAGAAACUCUUAGAAAUUUUGAGGUCUAUGCAGCUAUUAUUUAUGCAGUUUGAUGAUUUCGACCAUAUUUCAAAAAACUGUAUUGAAUUGUUUACAACGUUGGAUUCUGACAUCAAAACGUUUUGUAAGAUUGUCACAGACGUAACCAGAAAAAAACAGAAAAUGGAGAUAAGCAAGCUUGAACAUGUAGGACUUCAAAAACGAAUAGAAGAAAUUAGAAAUUUUAGGGUUCAACAUGAAGAAUUAAGAGCAGUCAUUGAGAAAGUAUUUCUAAACACAAUGUCAGAUCAACGUGAAACUAGCGUUUUGGAACAAGUAAACAAGGCCUUCGAAGAGUUGAAAGCAUUGGAAGACAAAAUCUUUGACACGUCCUCAGAGGGACAAGCCACUUGGAAAAAUGCCCUGAAAUCCUAUCAUGAAAAGAUUGACAAAGCUGAAAAUGUGAUCGCACGAAAGCUUUCUGACCAUCUCGGAGUUGCCAAGACUGCCAGUGAGAUGUUUAGAAUUUUCUCUAAAUUCAAUCCCUUGUUUUACAAGCCUCGCAUUCGAAGCGCAAUUCAACAAUAUCAAGAACAAUUAGUACAAAGAGUGAAAGAGGAUAUUUCGAAACUCGAAGACAAAUUUAAACAACACUAUUCAUUCUCCGAAACCGAGAAAAUGAGCAAAUUACGUGAUUUACCCUCGAUAUCUGGAUUUGUAAUUUGGGCUAGACAAAUUGAAAAUCAAUUAAUAACUUAUAUGAAAAGAGUGGAUGAUGUUUUCGGUAACGGUUGGGAAAGGCUAAAAAUUUUACGGAAAAAGGAUUGCUUGUGGGGCUUCAACGAAUCUUUGGCGGAGUUUAUGGGUGUAUCUUUCUCAUUGAUGCAAUCUAAAAUUUCAAAUCAUCCAAUCUUAGGUCAAAUUUCCAAACAAGAAAUCAUUGGAACAGCAUUAUCUCUUGCAUUUCUUGAGCUUGUUUAUCCUGACUCUGAGUCACAGUGGAGAUAUAUAGCUAUUGAGAGCAAGGAAAUUUUGAAAAGAGAGCUUGAAAAAACUAAGAGCCCCUAUGGUGAUAUUGUUCCAAUUGCAUUUGAGCUUCUCCAAGAAGAAAAAGUCGGAACUCGCCACAUUGAAGAGAACAACUUAAGAAAAGAAGGAGAACGAUUCAAAAAUAAGCUCAAUGGAAAUAUCUAUACAGUUAUUGAAAGAUGGAACAAUGAAAUAAUCGAAAAGCUCUUUAAGUGGAAGAUAUUUCAUCUAAGUGAUAGCACUGUUUCUGUUAAGGGAUUUAUUUUUGAAAUAAUGAAAAACAAAGGCGAAAAGAUGGACAUACGAGUUAAUUUUGACAAGGAUAUUGGAAUACUGAUUAAGGAGGUUCGAAAUAUGUCUUCUCUUGAAAUCGAUAUUAGAGUUAAACCGGAGAUAAAGAAUGUUGCUUCAGAAGCGGCCAUUAUUCAUCCAAUAGCAAUGUCAUUGAUGGAAAGCCUUAAAACCUUCAAGAAGACAAUGAAAAAGAUUGAUGAUCGAAGCGAUAUAGUACCACUUACAUCCAAAUAUUUGAAAAAUGUUUACCAAAAGCUUUCAGAGGGGUUUGAGUUAACUUGGAGAAGUACCAAGUUAGAAAAGUAUUCAAAGGAGCUGUAUGAAGAGCUAAACAAGUUUUCAUCAAAUAUUCACGAGUUGGUUCUUAAAGUGGGCAACAUUUAUGAACAUUUAGAAACGUUACGGUCAUGCAAAAUUACAUACAACAAGCUAGAAUCAAUACUUUCUGAUAUUCAAAAGAUUGUUGAUUCUCUUGCAUUGGGAGGGGAAGUUGGGAAUUUGUCAAAUUGGGUGAAGAUUCUCAACGACAAUAUUGAAACUAUUUUGCUGGCUCGAUUGAAUGAAUUAAUGGAUAUGUGGCUCUCAGAAUUCCAAAGCAUGUACAGUCCAACCCUCGACGAACCUAACAAACUAGACGAAGACUUUGAAGCCAAAGAGCAAAAUUAUCACGAAAAUGUUGAAGAUUGUUCCAUUUUCUCUCAGCUUAAUAUUUCAAAAUUUGAAAUUGAAAUUAAGAUUGUUAAUAGAUCAAUGAAGGUAAUUCCUUCAGUGCAUAGGGCACAAGCGUACUGGACAUCAAAAUUGAGUACAUGUCUAUCUUGGAUUUGCGAUUUAUGCGUUAUUCAGAGUGAUCGCUAUGACAAGGCAUUCACAUCUGAAAAGAGAAAAACGUUUAAAUACUUAUUGGAAAGAGUUUCUGAAGAAAAGUUACACUCAAUUUUUGUUUUGGUCCAAAAGUCUUCACGAAAGACAGAUAAAUAUGUCCAACAAUGGCUGCAAUAUCAAUCCAUGUGGGACAUGGACAUUGGGCAAGUAAUGUCAGAGUUCAAUGAACUUGAAUCCUGGAUUCAACUCUUGCAAGAUUUUUCCAAAGCAAAACUCGUAUCAGAGAAUGGACUUUAUUCAAAAGAUUUUGGGCCAAUAGUGGUAAACUACAGGGACGUAUACGAAAAGCUUAAUGUUAAGUUUGAUGAUACUUUGCGACAAAUACUUUUAAGAGUCUCUACGGAAAUGAAAGAAUCCAUGAAAAAUGUUUUUAACAGCAUUUCCAAGCAGAGAGACGAAAUAGAGAGCGCAAGAGUGGAGAGAAGCACACAAGAUGCCAUCAAAUUUUUGGGUCAAAUCAAAAAUAUUAAGAAACAGUUCAGUACUUGGGAAUUUAAUAUUAAAUUAUUCAAAGAAGGAGAAAAGCUCAUCAUUGAUUACAAUUGUAAACUCCCAGAAGGAUGGAUUUUUUCUGAUAAUGUUGAAAGCGAGUGGAAAGCACUUAAGCAGAUUGCAGAUUUGAAGAAUGAAUCAGUAAGGUCAAUGAAAGAUCAGAUAACAAAGAAUCUUCUAAGCGAAGAAAAGAAACUCUUUAUUAUGAUGGAUCAAUUUUCAAAUGAAUGGAAAUUAAAACGACCUCUUGAAGGAAAUGUGGAACCACAAGAAGCUCUCAAGCAAUUAGAUUAUCUUGAGAGCAAACUUUCUCAACUGAAGAGAGAACACAUGAACAUUUGUACAAGUAGAGAAGCCUUAGAUAUGGAUAUAUUGAAAGUGGAUAAACUUGAUGCUUAUUCUGAAGAAUUACAAAACUUGAAAGAUGUUUGGACUUCAGUGCACUCCAUAUGGACUGAGCUAAACAUUCUAAGGGAUCAAGCUUUCAACAGUAUAAUUUGUAAGACUGUUCAUAACAAACUUACAGAGCUAAUUGAAAGAGUGAAAAAGUUGAAUCCAUGGAUGUUAACCUAUUCUUCAGUUGAAAAUCUUAUUACAAUAAUAGAACAACACUUAAAGGAAAUGGCCAUUUUACGUUCUCUAAAAGAAGAGUGUAUGAAAGAACGUCAUUGGAUAGAGUUAAGAAAAUUGAUUGGAGCAAAUUGGGUCUUGACUCAACUGACACUUGGAGACAUUUGGGAUUGCAAAAUUCUAAGCUAUGAGAAAAUAGUUCGUGCUAUCCUUGAAAAAGCUCGUGGAGAAUUCGGACUUGAGAUUUACCUUUCUCAAUCUCGAGAUUUAUGGAACACUAUGAAAUUUGAUCUCACAAAUUACAGCAACAAGUGUUAUCUUGUAAAAUCUUGGGACGAAGUUUCAACACAAAUAAUGGACAAUUUAAAGACGUUUUCAUCCAUGAGAAACUCGCCUUUCUUCAAAGCUUUCGAAGAUGAAUGCUCAUCUUUGGAAACCAAAGUUAACAGAAUGAGAGUAUUGUGUGAUGUACUAAGUGAUGUUCAAAGAGUAUGGGUUUAUUUAGAAGGCGUUUUUUCAGGUAAUGUUGAUAUUCAAUAUCAACUCCCAAAAGAAGCCCAAAGAUUUCAAUCUAUUGAACAUGAAUUCGUGUCUUUGAUGAGAAAAAUUCAUGCGAAUCCUCUUUGUUCUCAGGUUAUUAACAUUCCAAAUGUUGUACCUUCAUUAGAAAAGCUUUCAGAACAGUUAAAUAAGCUUCAAAAAUCUUUAGGAGAAUAUUUAGAAAAACAAAGGGCUGCAUUCCCGAGAUUUUACUUUGUUGGAGACGAAGAUUUACUUGAAAUUAUUGGAAACUCUAAUGAUCCGCAAAAAUUGCAAAAACAUCUUAAGAAAAUGUUCUCUGGAAUUUCAUCUCUUGAAUUUAGAGACCAUAAGGCAAUUUCAAUGUGUUCAAGAGAGUCUGAGAUUGUUAAAUUAGAGAACGAAAUUCCUUUCAAUUCCAAUGAUUCUGUUCACGUAUUUUUGGCCAAUUUAGAGGAAGAAAUGCGACAUACUCUUGGCCUACUCAUGGAUCGGUCAAUUAGAAUGUUGCAAGAAUUGUUGGCACAUGAUAGAAUAAGCGCUAAAGAGUUGGCUAAUUGGAUGUCAAGUUUUCCAACUCAAGUAAUUGUUACUUCUGCUCAAGUGUGUUGGACUUUUCUUAUGGAAAGACAGCUUCAAUCUGCUUCUUGCAAUCUAUUUCUUGUAUAUCAAAAAGUAGUUGAGCUACUUGAAAAUUUAACUGACAUGUCUUUAUCAUGUUUUGGUCCUGAAAAUACUUUGCGAAGAAAAAAGUGUGAACAAUUAAUUAAUGAAUUGGUCCAUCAAAAAACAGUGACAAAGCAAUUAAUCACAUCCAAUCUCAAGAGUAAUAAGAAUUUUGAUUGGCUCUAUCAUAUGAGAUUUUAUUGGAAUGAGCAUGGCCAAAAUGUGAAGGAGAAACUUGUUGUUAAAAUUGCUAACGCAGAAUUUUAUUAUGGAUUUGAAUAUCUCGGUGUACUUGAAAAACUAGUACAAACUCCACUUACUGAUAAGUGCUAUUUAGCUCUUACUCAAGCACUCCAUUCAAGACUAGGAGGAUCACCAUUUGGACCUGCAGGUACAGGAAAAACAGAAACAGUCAAAUCUCUUGGAGCUCAACUAGCAAGAUUUGUUCUAGUGUUUAAUUGUGAUGACACGUUUGACAGUAAGGCAAUGGGCAGAAUUUUCCUUGGUCUUUGUCAAUGUGGAGCGUGGGGAUGUUUUGACGAGUUCAACAGACUUAACGAAAAAAUCAUGUCGGCUGUAUCACAACAAAUCCAGACCAUUCAAACUGCUCUUAGAGAUCGAAAAACUGAGAUUGAGUUAAUAGGAAAAAGAUGUUCGAUACAUGAAGCUACUGGUAUAUUUAUAACAAUGAACCCUGGAUAUGCAGGCAGAUCAAAUUUACCUGAUAACCUCAAACAGCUAUUUAGAAGUGUUGCUAUGGUAAAACCUGAUAAGGAACUAAUUGCUCAAGUAAUUUUAUAUUCACAAGGAUUUAAGGAUGCAGAAUCUCUCGCCAGAAAAACUGUUCUAUUUUUUGAUUUGUGUAGAGAUGAACUCUCCCAGCAAUCUCAUUAUGAUUUUGGACUACGGGCUUUAAAAAGCGUCUUGAUCAAUGCAGGAUAUUUAAAACGAAAUGAUCUUUCAAACCAUUCAUCCGAAUCUAAAAUUUUGAUACAAAGCAUCCAAAAUACCAUCAUUCCCAAACUAGUUGGACGUGAUGUUCUCCAACUUGCAUCACUGGUGUCAAAUAUUUUUCCAGGAGUUGACACGGAAGAGAGCUCUUUGCAAGACCUUAAAAGAUGUAUCAUUGAAACAUGCAACAAGGAGCAUUUGCUACCAGAUGAAAAAUGGAUGAGUAAGCUUAUUCAACUUUAUAACAUUCAAACACUCCAUCAUGGAUUUAUUUUAGUUGGACCAAGUGCCAGUGCCAAAUCUACUACAUGGAAAGUAUUGCUGAAAGCAUUAGAGAAUUAUGAAGGAAUUUCUGGCAAAUAUCAUGUCAUUGAUCCAAAGGCUCUCACUAAAGAUGAACUCUAUGGAAGACUUGAUCCUGUCACUAGAGAAUGGACUGAUGGUGUAUUUACGAAUAUUUUGAGAAAAAUUAUUAACUCACAGGAACGUUCAACUAGACAUUGGAUUAUAUUUGAUGGCGAUGUUGAUCCAGAUUGGGUGGAAAACCUGAAUAGUGUACUUGAUGAUAACAAAUUAUUUACUCUACCCAACGGAGAACGAUUAGCUCUCACAGAAAAUGUGAGAAUCGUUUUCGAAACGCAUGAUUUGAAGUAUGCAACAAUGGCGACUGUCAGUCGUUGUGGAAUGAUUUUCUUUAAUGAUGAUAUUUUAACUGAACAAAUGAUUGUUUACAACUACCUACAAACUCUUUCUUCGGACAACUCUACAUCCGAGCCAUCACAAUUACGUUUCAUUCAACAGAAAGUGGCAAAUAUUAUUUCACCAUUUUUCCACAAUUUCAUUACGAAAUGCAUUUCCUUUUCGAAACAACUUGAACAUGUCAUGGAAUAUUCUGCUAUUCGAUCUCUUACUUCCUUAUUCUCUUUUAUCAAUGAGAGUAUUAAGGCUGUACAAGAUUACAAUUUCACACAUUUAGAUUUCCCAAUGAGUGAUGAAGUCUUUCGAAAGUACAUAUCCAAUAGAUUUCUAUUUGCGACUUUAUGGGCCUUUUCUAGUUCUUGCAACACCAAUAUGAGAAAGAAAUUUGCAGAUUUUCUAAUUUCCAAUAUUGAAGGUCGAAUUGAUCUUCCUUCCACAAUAGCUGCUGGAAAGGAUCUCACAGACUUUGAAGUGAAUAUCAACGAUGGAGAAUGGAUACCUUUUUCACGAAGAGUUCCAAAGGAGGUGUUUGUAGACGAUAACAAGAUACUUGGUAAUUCCAUGAUUCCUACUCUCGAUACGGUACGAAAUGACCAUCUCGUUGAAACAUGGAUUCAUGACCGAAAACCAAUCAUUUUGUGUGGUCCUCCAGGAAGCGGUAAAACUUUCUUGUUGACCUCUGUGUUGAAAUCUCUUUCCAAUGUGGAGAGUUGCUUCUUGAACUUUUCAAGUGCUACAACAUCUUCCCUGAUUUUGAAGUCAUUAGAGUUGUAUUGCAAAGUAACGAACACACCAAAUGGAUUAAUCAUGCAUCCAAAUCAAAAUGGAAAGUGGUUAAUCGUGUUUUGUGAUGAAAUUAACUUGCCAACAAAUGAUAAUUAUGGAACUCAAAGAGUCAUAACAUUCAUGCGCCAAUUAAUUGAGCAUGGUGGAUUUUGGAGAUAUUCUGAUCUUUCAUGGAUCAAAUUGGAAAGGAUCAUGUUUGUAGGGUCAUGCAAUCCUCCAACAGAUUCCGGAAGAACCUCUUUAAGCUUGAGAUUUAUGAGACAUUGUCCUCUACUGUUUGUAGAUUUCCCUGAAGAAGAGUCUCUCAAACAAAUUUAUAGAACCUUUUUGAAGGCCAUCCUCCACAAACUUCCAAACUUGUCUCAACACGUAGAGCCAUCAACAAAAGCCAUGGUCGAAUUUUAUUUAAGCUCGCGGAACCAAUUCACCACCGAGCAACAACUUCACUACAUUUACAGCCCAAGAGAACUCAGUCGAUGGAUUCGAGCUCUUCAAGAAGGUCUGAAGAAUAUCAAUUUUGUAUCCUUGGAUGAUUAUGUACGAUUGUUGGCGCAUGAGGGAUUACGAAUUUUCAGUGAUCGAUUGGUCUCAGACGAAGAACGACAAUGGACCGACAGAACAUUGGACUCGAUCCUUUUGAAACAUUUUCCAAUGAUUACUGAGAGUGCUCUCCAAAGACCAAUCAUGUUUUGCAAGUGGCUCUCUAAUAGUUACAAUUCUGUUGAAAAACAAGAGUUGAAGUUAUUCCUAGAGCAGAAAUUGAAAUUAUUCUCUGAAGAAGAAUAUGAUGUGCAUUUGGUUCUCUUUGAUUCCGUUAUGGAACACAUGUUGAGAAUUGACCGUGUGUUGAAACAACCACUUGGUCAUCUCCUACUGUGUGGACAUAGUGGAACUGGAAGAGCGUUGCUUGCAAGAUUUUGUGCUUGGAUGAACGAUUUUAGUGUCUUUCAAAUCAAAGCACAUAAAAAUUAUGGAAUUAAGGACUUUGAAGAAGAUUUACGUAAAGUACUCAGACGUUCUGGAUGCAAAGAUGAAAAGAUUUGCUUCAUUUUUGAUGAAUCAAAUAUUCUAAAACCAAGCUUCCUCGAAUAUAUGAACUCACUAUUAGCAAGUGGUGAAGUCCCUGGUCUUUUUGAAGCUGAUGAAUAUACCAAUCUUAUCAACAUGUGCAAGGAUGCUGCAACUAUGAGCAACGUUUUGAACCUUGAUACUCCUGAGGAGAUCUAUCAGUGGUUUGUUACACAAGUUCAAAAGAAUCUUCAUAUUGUGUUCACUAUUAAUCCAGCAAAUGCAGAUUUCAAGUCAAGAGCUGCAACUUCUCCAGCUUUGUUCAACCGAUGUGUAAUUGAUUGGUUUGGAUCAUGGCCCUAUCAAGGUCUUCAAGAAAUUGCUUCCUCAUUUACAAGUAAGAUUACAAAAGACUUCUUUUCAAAAGAUACUACCAAUAUUACAACAAUUUCGGAUGCCUUAGUUCAAAUGAAUUAUUGUGUAGAAAAGGUUGGAAUGGAUUGGGAACGCAAAUCAGGAAAGAAAUUAUUUUUAUCACCAAGACAUUUCCUCGAUUUCAUCAAACAGUUGGAUCAAAUAUAUUGGGAAAAACGAAAAGAGAUCCAGGAACAACAAACUCACACUGAAAGAGGAUUAAAACGCCUAAAGGAUACAGAAGAUUAUGUCAUUUCUCUUCAAAAUCAGUUGAAAGAACAGGAGGUCAAACUACAUAUCAAGAAUGCUCAAGCAAAAGAAAAACUUGAUCAAAUUGUUGAAAAUCAAAAAGAUGCUGAAAACAAGAAGCAACAAUCGAUACUUUUAUCUCAACAAUUAGAAGAAAAAAGUGUCGGAAUUAAUAAGAGAAAGACUCAAAGUCAAAAAGAGCUCGACGAAGUGCAACCUUUACUGUUGAAAUCGAGAGAAGAAGUGAAAAAAAUUGAAGCCAAACAUAUCCAGGAACUUAGAGCGUUCAACAAUCCUCCUCCUAUAGUCAAAAAGGCCUUAGAAGCGGUUAUCAUUCUAUUAAGCCCAAAUGAUUGGGAGAAGAGUGUACCUGCAUGGCAAGACAUCAAAAAAGUUGUCAGUUCAUUGGAUUUUAUUACAAAUAUUCGAACGUUUGAGCCUGAUGCAAACAACAUACCUCGAAAGUUAAGGGUCCGACUACAACAACAAUACUUGGAUGACCCAAAUUUGGAGGAAUCAAAAGUAUUCAAUGCUAGCAAGGCAUGUGGCCCUCUUAUUUUAUGGCUCUCUUCAUGUGUUAAAUACUCUGACAUUGUAGAAAAGAUUGCUCCACUUAAGGCUGAGGUACUCGCAUUAGAAAAAGAAAGCGAAAUUCUUCAAGAAAAAGAGCAUCAAAUUCAACAAGUCAUUAGAGAGCUAAAAACCAAAAUCAAUGAGUUCACAAAUGAGUACACUAUGUUGGUUCAAGAAACCAAAUCUAUUGAAAUGGAAAUUAAUAUUGUCAAGUCAAAAGUAAUAAGAUCAAAAUCACUCAUUGAAAGUCUUUCACAAGAGGCCACAAGAUGGUCAGAACAAAUUGGACAGUACCACAAACAACAGCUCACUCUACUAGGAGAUUCAAUACUUUCAGCAGCAUUUUUAGCCUAUUCUGGAUUCUUUGAUGAACAAAAUAGAAAGAAUCUAAUGUAUAUAUGGGUAUCUAUUUUAACCAAAUUCAACAUUGAGUACAAGGAAAAUAUUAACUUGGUUGAUUAUCUCUCAACCCCUCAGCAGAGACUCAAUUGGGAAUCAAACAAACUUUCAGUCAAUGAUGAAAUUUCCUUACAAAAUGCUGUAAUUUUGGAAAGAUUUAAUAAGUUCCCGUUAAUAAUUGACCCAACAGGCCAAGCGACAGAGUUUAUUUAUAAUUACUACAGACCAAGAAAUAUUAUCAAAACAAGUUUUACAGAUGACUCCUUCAUGAAAAGUUUAGAAAAUGCUAUGAGGUUUGGAACUCCUCUAUUGGUGACUGAUGCUGAACAUGUAGAUCCAAUUUUGAAUCCUGUACUCAAUAGGCAUGUGAAAAAAGUAGGAGGUAGAAACAUUGUAAAUCUUGGAAAUCAGGAUAUUGAUUUAUCUCCAACUUUUGUCUUAAUCCUCACUACUAGAGAUCCCUCACAUCAAUAUGAACCAGACUUGUCAAGCAGAGUGACCUUUGUUAAUUUUUCAGUGACACCAUCAAGUUUAAGAAAUCAAUGCCUUUCUGCCAUUCUGCAAAAGGAGAACCCUGAAAUUGAUAUACGGAGAUCUGAGCAGUUAAAGCUCCAAGGUGAAUAUAAGGCCAAACUAAGAGAACUCGAAAAUACUCUACUGUCGUUAUUGAGUUCAUCAAAAGGAUCAAUUUUGGAGAAUGAAACACUUGUUGGUACACUAGAAAAACUUAAAGAUAAUUCAAAAGAAAUUGAAAAUAAGAAACGAGAAUCUGAAAGAGUAAUUGAUACUUUGAGUAUCAUGAGCGAGGUUUUCUGUCCGCUAGCAGCUUAUUGCAGUACCAUCUACUUUACGUUAACUCAACUUUCAGAAAUCAAUGCUCUCUAUUAUUUUUCUCUUGCUAUAUUAAUCAAAACUUUGAAUGAGAUUUUAGCACUUUCCCAAGACAGCGUUAAAAAUAGAGUAGAAUUCUUAUCAGAAAAACUGUUUUUUGAAAUUUAUAGAAAAGUUUCAAGAAGUCUCCUGCAUAAUGAUCGAUUGACUUUAGCUAUGAAGUUAGCUCAGAUCAAAAUUGGAAAUAUAAUAUCACAUGAAGAAAAAGCGUAUCUACUAGAAGAUCUGGUUGGUACAUCGAACAUUGCAUUCAAUGAAAAUGGUGUCAUUGUGCUUGGCCAGUUUCAACGCCACAUGAUGGAAAAGUUACAAAAAAUUUCACCAUUCCGUAAUAUUGUUAAACACCUUGAGGAACACAAAGUCCAUUGGAAACAGUUCAUUUUGGAAGAAACAACUCUAUUGCCUGAUUGUUUUGAACCUUCUCAUAACCCUAUUAUAGACGCAUAUAGACGAAUGAUGGUUGUUAAAACAUUGAAGCCUGAACUCUUGGUUCAAUAUAUGAAAGAAUUUAUUGGAACUGUAUUCGGAAGAAACUUUUUAGAACUCGAUUGGAAUAUUAGCUCAAUUGUGGAACAUGAGGCAGACAAAUUUACACCUCUAAUUCUUGCUUCUGUAUCAGGUUAUGAUGCUUCCAUUCACAUUGAGGAAUUAGUUCGCAAUUCUCAACACCAUUGUACCUCCAUAGCAAUGGGAUCCAUUGAGUCCAAUGAGCAAGCUGAUAGAGCCAUUAGUUAUGCUUUUAAACAUGGAAGCUGGGUAUUACUGAAGAACGUUCACUUGGAUCCUGAUUUUCUAUAUACUUUGGAAAAGAAACUUCACUCUCUUAAAUAUGAACAUUCUGUUCAUAAUUCAUUUAGACUAUUCUUGACGAGCGAAAUUCAUGCCAACAUUAAUCACAAUUUACUUCGAAUGUCAUAUACGCUUGUAUUUGAGUCUUCACAAGGAAUCAAAAACUGUCUUUCUCAAACAUUCUCGAAUCUCAAAAGAAGCGAUUUGGAAAAGCCUCCUGUUGAAAGAGCGAAAUUGUACAUGCUUGUUUCAUGGCUACAUGCUGUUCUUCAAGAGCGUUUGAGUUACCCUCCAAUAGGUUGGUCCAAAAAGUAUGAAAUCAAUUAUAGUGAUCUUAAAUGGUCGUUUGACACUGUUGAUAAAUGGGUAGAUCUCAUUUCAGAAGGUAGACAAAAUGUGAAACCUGAGACUCUUCCAUGGAAAGCAUUACACAUUUUGUUGGGAGAAUCUAUUUAUGGGGGGAAAAUAGAUAAUGAAUACGAUCAAAUCAUUCUUAAUUCAUUCAUUGCUGACAUUCUUACACCUUCAAGUUAUGAGAGCAGUUUUACUUUACCUGGUAUUGGUCAGAAUGGAAUGAAUUUCACAAAAUACGAUCAAAUCUUGAAUGCGAUCGAAACAAUUCCACAACAAGAACCAGAGUGGCUUGGACUUCCCCACAACAUUUCUCAACUCACGAAUAUUAAUGUUGCAAAUUUGACAAUCAGACAAGUCCUUAAAAUCAAAGAUAUGAUAGAAGAAGACUCUGCAGAGCUGUUAGAAUCUAUUGUGUCAGAUCGAGUAACCACCCCUAUGGUAGACUCAUCCAUUGAAUUCAUCCAAAAGACAGUUCUUGAUUGGUUAGAUCAGCUCCCCACUAGCUUUGAUGAAAAGUUAGCAACACAGCCCACCACUCUUUAUGACCAAAAACUUUACUUGUUUUUCAAGAAUGAAAUUGAGAAACUCAACGAAAUUUACAACAUUGUUAAAACUGAUUUGAUCAAUAUUACAAAGAUUAAUAAUCGAAAGAUAAAAUGCAACAAUUAUUACAGAAAGGUGAUCAAUGAUUUGAUAAAGGGAGUAACACCUUCAUUGUGGUCGUAUGGAUAUCAAUAUUUGGAAGGAAUAACAGUCAACAUGUGGUUUUUAGAUUUUACACAAAGGUUGUUGCAUUUUAAUGAAAUUAGAGAAAAUUUCGCAACCCAAGUAAGAUUUAACAAUAACAGGGGAUGUGUUUGGCUUGGAGGGUUAUUGAGUCCAGAGGCUUACCUUACAACAUUACGAGAAUAUACUGCAACUAAAUACAAUAUUCCACUGGAAAAGCUUGAGCUCAAAGUAUUUGAUUGGUCAGAAUCAAAUGAUGAUCAAAAAGAUGUUUUUAUGAUUGAAGGACUCAUUCUACAAGGUUGCACCUGGAGUGAAAACAAGCUUGCUCUUGGAAAGGAUCUGAGCUCUCAAGUAUCACUCCUUAAAAUUGGGUGGGAAGAAUGCAACAACUCAAAAUUGAAAGACAACAAUUCUCGUAUUAAGAUUCCACUUUAUCACAACUCCUCUCGAAAGAAGUUGUUAUGCUCGCUUUUCCUGAAAUAUGACGAAAGUCUUUCUGUGAAUUCAAUAUAUCAGAGAGGUACAGCUAUCAUUGCAAAAGAAUAA